UUCUGGAAAACAUGCUGUUCAUGGUAUUAACAAACCAAAGAUACUAGAUUGCCUUAACUUGAAGGCACCAAACGCGUGCGCGCGUGCGUCUCUCUUCCCUUCUUAAUAACACCACCAUAAGCCUUUCAGUUCUUCUUUCUCAGAGCAAAGGAAAAAGAAAACACAGAACAAAAAAAUCAAUAUGUGCAACUCAGAUGGUGAUUGCAGACCCUUGGGUUUUCUCUUGGGUCUUCCCUUUGCUUUUCUUGCCCUCAUCGUCUCAAUCGUUGGCCUCGUCAUCUGGAUCGUCGGGUUGUUGUUGACAUGCAUAUGCCCCUGCUGCUUGUGUAUUACGGUAAUAGUGGAGUUGGCAUUGGAAUUGGUGAAGGCUCCACUGCAUGUCAUGGAGUGGUGCACCUCUCAGAUCCCUUGUUAGCUUCUGCUUUCACCAAUUCUAUCUACAACUUCUAGUCCUGCCUCUGUUCUUCAUUAGUUUUCANUUUAUGUCUUUUUGUGAGAUUCGGGUAAUCAACAUGUAAUAUUGUUAUUUUGCUUUUCUGGUUUUCUGCAAAAUUAAAAGUUCAUACUUCAUUGUAGUAUUGUUGUUUCUUGUGCAUAUAUCAUUAGUUCUAUAAUCAANAACAAUCUUUAUUUUGGUUCA